AUGGAUAACGAGCCUCGAGGCAUACUGCGCCUCUCGAACGAGUUGUUGAAAGAAAUACUGGACCAUCUCACGCGAGAUCUAGAAAGGUGCACCAGCGUCGACCACCGUGCGUAUCUUUCUUUUGAGAGCGUUAGGCCGAGUUUGCCCGAUCCUCCGCGUUUGUGGCUAGAGGGUAAAAAUGGGUACCAUGAAGAUCUUCGCAGUGACGUUGACCGAUUUCGAGAGGUUUGCAAACGGUUCUCGGAAGUUGGUGCAGCGCAUAAGUUUAGCCGCGUUGUCGUCCGGUUUUCAGAACCCGCUUUUAAGAAACUUGACCAGCUGUCAAGUAUUCCUCACCUGGCAAGACAUGCGAGAACCUUUACAUAUAUAAUCCGGUCAUUUUAUGUAGAAGGAAAAGAUAAUAUACCCCAGCUGCUUUCGACGGCUGAUUCAAGCAAACUCAAUCUGGCCGAACAUAUCCACCGUCUCGAAGAGCAGAAGAGAUUGGUUUCGUCUAAUGAAGACUUAAACUCACUUAUAAGGGCAAUGAAAUCGUUUACGGCUCUCCAACACGUGAAGAUAUUGAGAGUCCAGGAUGAAGCUGAACGUGAUUUACGAUCCUUCAUUGAUAGGCAUGAUAAUCCAUUAGACCCGUUAGUAGUGGUGGACUGGAAUCCUGCCUGCAUUCGCGCCAUUCAAAAUGUUGGCCUAGCACUCUUGGAGGCUGGAUCUCCUGCCAAUCGCUUUUCGGGCCCGCAGAUAAACCCUCAGGCCACACUUACACUAAAAAGGGCCCCUGUGCAGCUUCUUUCAGCUCUCGCGACGAAAUUGACGUGCCUUGAGAUCCAUUUCGAUGCCAUGAGAUAUGUUAAUGCAGAGAUGAGGGAACUCUCGGAAGUAUUUAAGGUCUUAUUUACCGCAGCAAAAAAUAUGGAAGCUAUUCAUCUUGGAUUCCCGUCUAGGCUGCCUUUAGACCUUCAUCUGGAAGAUAUAUUUCAUAACGUUCAUUGGGAGAGGCUUCGCGCAUUUGGGAUUCAAGCCUGGAGACUUGACUCGGAAGAGAUUAUUAACUUCGCUCGACGCCACCGCAGGUCUCUCCGUGGCCUUCGCCUUCGUGAUGUCCUGCUGAAGGAGGGGAGCAUGUGGAAAGAUAUUUUAUCCAUGCUCCAUGACGAAAUGGAAAACCUCGAGUGGGUUAGCCUACGUCGGAUUGAUUACUCAAAUGCAUUUGAUGAAAAAUGGGCUACAAGUGCAGACAUUUCUGAUAUCCAGUCGUUUCCAAACUCAGACAGCGAGGAUGAUGACAUAUUUGAACCAUACGUCCCAGGGAACUACCACAACAUUAAUGGAGAUGACGACGAUGACAACACGAGCCUUGGUGAUGAAUCAGACGGCCUAAGCUCACAUAACGGCGACGUUGGGCCUAGAGCCAAUCAAAUAGAAUUGUUACCAGACAAUUCUCUAUCUGCGCCGUUACUUCUACCCCCCUUCACUGAUCAGUGGGAGGUCCUAAGCUCUAUCCCAGCAGACGACCUUGAAGAUGAUGGUAGAACUGUGGACUAUCGGCAACGAAAGAUUUGGGAAGCCUGGGUUAUAUCUAAGUCGCGGGUUUCUGCUGGUCGGGACCGCUGUGGGUAA